CUGCCUGACUUGAUGCCGAUAGGGAGGUAUCCCAUAAUGUGUAUUCGCAAAACGAAUAUAUAUUAUGAGUUCGUUCAAGGAUUUUAAGGUGCUCCUGUGGUAUAGAGAUUUUGGCUUAGAUUUGAUGUCAUGGCGUCUCUUUUCUUCUUCCAAAGGAUUAUUAGAUGUGUCGUGAAUCUUUUGAUGAGUUGCAAGGACGCGGAGAAGCAACCCAUCAAAGUAUUGAUCACCGGUGCCGCAGGACAGAUAGGGUAUGCUCUUGUCCCAAUGAUUGCUAGGGGGGUGAUGUUGGGCCCUGAUCAACCUGUAAUUCUGCACAUGCUUGACAUUCCCCCUGCUGCGGAGGCUUUAAGUGGUGUGAAAAUGGAGUUGAUAGAUGCUGCAUUUCCUCUUCUUAAAGGUGUUGUUGCUACCACUAAUGUGGUAGAGGCUUGUACUGGUGUCAACAUAGCUGUAAUGGUAGGCGGGUUUCCUAGGAAAGAGGGGAUGGAAAGGAAAGAUGUCAUGUCAAAAAAUGUUUCUAUUUACAAAGAACAAGCUUCAGCCUUGGAGAAGCAUGCAGCUGCAAAUUGCAAGGUGCUGGUUGUUGCUAACCCAGCUAACACCAAUGCGCUGAUCCUAAAAGAAUUCGCACCGUCGAUCCCUGCAAAGAAUGUCACUUGCCUGACGCGGCUUGAUCACAACCGAGCGCUUGGUCAAAUCUCAGAGAGGCUAAAUAUGCAAGUUAGCGAUGUGAAAAAUGUCAUCAUAUGGGGAAACCACUCUUCAACUCAAUAUCCUGAUGUCAAUCAUGCAACCGUUACCACUCAAGCUGGAGAAAAAUCAGUCAGAGAACUCAUUGCCAAUGAUACAUGGUUGAAUGGCGAGUUCAUCACUAUUGUGCAGCAGCGAGGCGCAGCUAUCAUUAAAGCACGUAAGCUGUCAAGUGCACUGUCUGCUGCCAGUGCUGCUUGUGAUCACAUAUGCGAUUGGGUUCUUGGUACUCCCAAGGGCACUUGGGUAUCCAUGGGAGUGUACUCAGAUGGGUCCUAUGGUAUUCCUGCUGGCCUGAUCUACUCCUUUCCUGUUACUUGUGAGAAAGGAGAAUGGUCCAUAGUGCAGGGUCUUAAAAUUGAUGAAUUUUCACGGGCAAAGAUGGACGCCACAGCAAACGAGCUUAUUGAAGAAAAAUCUCUGGCCUACUCAUGCCUUUCCUGAUGUCUUGCACUCUUUUUGGUAAAUGAAUUGCAAAAAGAAGUUUUUAAUAAAGCAAAAUGAGUAUGACAAUAAGAACCAUAUUUGUGGUGAGCUAUCAGUGAAACAACUGUUUAUUUAAGUUUCAAAGAUAAUCAACAAGUCAGCUCUCUUCUUUUUCGCAUCA